AUGCCUGGGAUGGAUGAAGACGGUGCGGCGGCGCUCAAGGCCAAGAAAGCGAACGCAGAGGCAGAGAAGGUCAAGGCACUCGGUGACGAGCUGAAGCUGCACGAGGUGUUCGUCAAGUACAGCUACGCUAGCCACCCACCUCGCCCUCGCUCGUCCUCGCGCAUCUCAACCAUUCCACCUCGACUGUACAUCAUCGUCCCCGACAUCAUCCAUCUCGCCUCGCACCUCGGCCAUUCCACCUCCCACACCUACCACAGGACCACCGUGGUGGCCUAUUUGUCAAGACCAACGCACGCGGACGCUCUGUUGCCCCCUCCAAACACUCUCGCGGUCUACACCGCGCGCGCACCCGAGCACCACCCGCGGCGCGACGCGGGUCCGAACUUGUUCCUAUCCAGUUCACUUCCUUGCCAUAUCCGCGCGUGCGGUGUGCUCACUCCAUCUCAUCUCGACCACGCCCACGUCCUCGUCCUCGACUCGGUCCUCUCCCUCAACUCUGCCCUCGCCCUCGCGUUCGUCUUCGUGUCUUUGGUCUUCGCCAGCACCCAUGUGCGCAAUCUCGUCUCUCCUGCGGGCCGCGUCUACCAUCCACUUCGCGCACCACGCGUUCCAUCGAUCCGCCUCUCUUCGCGCUCGCUCUCCCCGUGGCGCAUCGGAUCUCCCUUCCAUCUUUCUCUAUUCUAUUUCCCGAGCUUCACGCUUACAUGA